AAGAGUCCCCGAAGUAGGAAGUGAAGGUGAUACUGGACUCUAGAGAGCAUGGAGACAUCAGUGGACCGGACAAGGGAUGGAGUCUCAUACACACAGAGUAACCCUCUGUUUGAGAUGUCACACAGCGGGACUGACCUCUACAGUUUCCAGCCUGAGGAUCUGAAGCCAGCGAGGCCGAGAAGACAGUGGUGUUUUAAUGUCAUCAUUGUGUACCUCAUCUUGCAGACCGCUCUUAAUGCCUUUCUCAUUUAUAAAGUGUUCACUUUGCAGUCUUCCCUGUCCAACCCCAGGUUGGAGAAGCUCAAGUCUAACAUCCCUCUGGGUGGAGGAGAGGGUGAUGUCAACAUCCAGACCCUCCUCUAUAACAACAGUCAAGAAACCAAGACCCUGAGGGGCUACCUAUGGGCCCUGAAGAGCCAGGUGAGCAGCCUGUGUGGAGAGGCAGGGCAGCUGGACCGGCUGCGGUCUGACCUGAACCUGCUCAACACCAGCACCCACAACCUGGACCACAAACUGACAAACAUCAGCCUCAAACAGGGAUCUCCUAGUACUCCGAGUGGAGAUAGGCAGCAAGGACCUAAAGGCGAGCCAGGAGAUAGGGGCCUCAAAGGUGACAGUGGUGUUGCUGGCCCUCCAGGACCAAAGGGUGAAAUGGGACUCAAAGGCCAACCUGGAGAGCAAGGAGUUGCUGGUGAAGUUGGUCCACCUGGACCCCCAGGAGCCCCAGGGAAUCAAGGUCUAGGUGCAAGGGGAGAGAAAGGAGAACCCGGGGCACAAGGACUUCCUGGUUUCAAUGGAACUGAAGGUGUUCCCGGACCACCAGGUGUCAAAGGAGACAAAGGAACCGCAACGGAAUUGAAUGUGCGUCUUGUCCCGGGGAAAUCCCGAGGCAGAGUGGAGGUGAAGUACAAUGGGGUGUGGGGCACCGUGUGUGACGACAACUUUAGCACCAUAGAUGGCAAGGUGAUCUGUAAGAUGCUGGGCUUCCGAACCGCCAUUACCACCUUCACUGCCAGCCCUGGGUCUGGUACGAUCUGGCUGGAUGAGCUGAAAUGUUUAGGAACGGAGUCUGACAUCUUUGAUUGCAAACACAGAGGAGUUGGUAUUAACAACUGCCAACACAGCGAGGACGCCGGACUGCAGUGUGUCUAGACUCACACUGAAGACCAACAUGAGAAAUGUCUUUCAACUGUUCCACACAGUUUAAUAAACAUGCAGUGACAAAGUGACAGGCAUUACACACACACACACACACAUACACACACACACACACACACACACACACAAAUAUACGCACAUGCAUGAUAUGAGCAGUGAACAGUGCUGCUUAUAAUGAUGUUCACGGCUGGAUCACAUAUUAAGAAUUGCUUUCAGUUCCAGUUGUUACUUAACACAUUAUGGUCUGUAAAGAAAGACAUCAUGCCAAUAAAACUGUACUGCAAAAAAUUUUA